UCAAAACCUGAUUUUACUUCCUGUUUUCAUUUUUUUCAUGUGACAUCUCAGAAAAUUCAUCUCGAAAGUAGGAAAAAACUUCAGUGCUGCCACGUCAGGAUUACAGCUCUAGAUAAACACCUGGCGAAAUCCCAAAAGACACACACACCAAAUAACUACAACAGAAGAUUAUCAGCCAAGCGGGAGGUUUGUUCCGUAAUGGAGAGCAAAUACAACUUGAAGAGUCCAGCUGUGAAGAGGUUGAUGAAAGAGGCAGCAGAACUCCGGGAUCCGACUGAACAUUAUCAUGCUCAGCCACUGGAGGAUAACCUGUUUGAGUGGCACUUCUCCGUUAGAGGACCUCCAGACUCUGAUUUCGAUGGUGGAGUUUAUCACGGUCGGAUUGUGCUGCCCCCUGAAUACCCCAUGAAGCCCCCAAGCAUCAUUCUGCUCACUCCCAAUGGAAGGUUUGAAGUUGGGAAGAAGAUCUGUCUGAGCAUUUCCGGUCACCAUCCAGAGACAUGGCAGCCGUCAUGGAGUAUUCGGACAGCCUUAAUAGCAAUAAUUGGAUUCAUGCCGACUAAAGGGGAAGGAGCGAUAGGAUCUUUGGAUUACACUCCUGAGGAGAGAAGAGCUCUUGCUAAAAAGUCUCAGGAUUUCUGCUGUGAAACGUGCGGCAGCUGUAUGCGCUCCGCUCUGCUAGCACUCUCUCCUGACAGUGACCUGCGACCUGUUGACACUCAGGCACACAGACUAGCCCAGCAAAUCAGCUUUAAGGCCGAGUCCAGCUCAUCAUCUGCAGACAGUGGCAGUUCUGCAGCAGCAGCAGCAGUGGCGGACUCCAGUAACAGUGAGAGCUCGAUUACAGAAGAGAGAGAAACAGAAGACACUUCUGUGUCUUCAGCUGAGCAGACUGAAUCAUCAUUCGUGGAUGCUCAGACAUCAAGUGAGGGUCCAUCCGUUUCAACAGCUCCAAGUCCACGUCAGCGGCGCUCACAGAACCAGAACCAGAACCAAUCCCCGAGAUACCCCACAUUCACGGCAUCCCCCGCGGCCCAGCACCCGCCGCAGGACGCCAGUCACACGGGCUCGGCCGUCCUCAUAGUUCUCCUCACACUUGCGCUUGCUGCGCUCAUUUUCCGUAGAAUCUAUUUGGCCCACGAGUAUAAGUUUGAUUACGAGCUGUGAACUCUUUCUACACCACCAGAAACCUGCUACUGUCGUUCUGUCCACGUCCAGAUCUAGCGCACCCUCUGUCUCAUCAGGCAGGAUGUGUGUUUAUCCUUCCUGGACAGCUUCCCAGACCUUUGUCUCUUCAUAAAAUGGAACAAGAUUUCUAGAUGUAUCCUCAGAACAAAACCUGAAGGGGGCGAAUCUCAGUAAGCUUGUCAAGAACAUGUCAAUAGAAGCUUGUUUUUGCCAUGGGGGGGAAGAAAAGGUCAUUACGACUUUUUAUUAAAUUUCUCAUUUUUUUCUCGUAGUUGCUAGUUUAUAUCUCGCAAUUCUGAGUAGGAAAGUCAGAAUUGUGAGAUAUAAAUUCACACUUGUGAGAAAAAAAAUCAGAAUUGUGAGCUGCAAUCCUGCAAUUCUGACUUUAUAACUCACAAUUGCUAUUCUGAGGAAAAAAAUUGUGAGAUAAAGUUUCAAUUACCUUUUAUUAUUAUUUUUAUUAUUUGGUGGCAGAAACAAGCUUCCAUAGAUUUCACCCCUGAAAAAUUCUAAUUUAUAUUUUACAUAAAGACAGUGAAGUCUGUUUUUGGACCAUUAGGAUUUUUUAUUGAUUCUAAUGUGACAAUUAUCCCCUAGCUAUUUUAACUAAGUAUUUAUGAUUCAUGGUGGUAAUUAUUGUACUGCCUUUUAAUUUUGGAAAAAUUUAUUUAAAAAAAAAAAAAUCAUUGUGUCUGGGCAGACCAUCUAGACACAUUACUGAAAAAUAUCACAUGUAAUUAGAACUCGGUACUGUUCCUGUUUUCUUUCUGCAAAAAAUAAUUAAUAAAAUUACUUUUUGUUUUGGGGUGAAAUAUGACAAGAGGCUUUCUACAGCUCCUGCAAUAUAUUGAGGGUUUGAUGAGACUGCUGUUUCCCAAAUAAUGCAUUUCAGUACCAAUGUACAAAAUUUGGUAUUAGACUGAAACCAACUAAAAACCUGAGAAUUUGCAGACGUCUGAUGUGCUUCUGAAAUGUAUAUGUCUGUCUCGGAAUUGAUCAUUUACGCACUAUAAUAAUGUAGGCAUGGUUGUAAUAUUGUAUUUUACUUUUAAACAGUUUAAAAGAAACAUAUCCACUUGGAGAGAUGAACCUCUCUGGUUGCUAUUUUUCAGAAAACAUUCAAGCAGUCACAACGAUAAUGUUUUUAUUUUUUACAAAUAUUUCUUAAACUGCAACACAAUACAUGAAUUAAUGUUGUAGACAAAAGCUAUACUGCCCCUAUGUUGAUAGACAACAUCAUUUUACUUCCUUAAGCAACAACCAAUAGUUUUCUUUAAUAACGAAUAAACGUGACUUAUCCAAAACUGUUUGCUCUUUUCACUCCGUCAUGUAGGUUUUGAAGUACUUUGAAGUGAUAAUAUUAAACUAGGCAUGCAACCUGCAUUUAUUUUAUUUACAUGACUGGUAAGAGUGUGUGGCUUGGUUGUUACUUCUCAGACAUUCACCUGGUGGGCAAUAAAACCACCGGCCAUAACAAGAGAACAACAACAACAAAAAACAGAGGCCAGUAACCACCCAAAAACACCCUAAGAGUUGUGGCGGCACAAGAACUGAAUAUAGUAUUUUUACUAUUUUCAUGUUUCUCAAUUUACUCCAUAUAUCAAUAUGUGCUAAAAUAGUUUGGCUUAUAAGAUUGUGUUAAAGCAUUUAUAUAUUAUAUCAACAUACUGUAUAAGGCUUUGACAUUUAAUGUCAGGCAUUGUGAUUGAUGUCUACUACUGUUAAACACAGAUGAUCAUUAAAACAUUUAAAUGAAUCAGA